GCUAUAGGCUAGUUUCGCUUUAUUAUGUUGUCGUUCUGAUGAAUUCAUAGACAAAAUGCCAAAAAUACUGGGCUCAUGCUGGGCUCUGUGACAAAAAGUGACGCAUGUGUGACAUUUGUAUACGUCAAAAGUGUCAACUGUCAGGAGGAUAGGUUGGAUCAUUUGGAUAUUAUCGUUCGGAGUUUUGUUUAUAACUUAAUUAAAAAUGGAAACAGGAAGAAAAGUGGCUAAAAAGCGAGAAAGAAGUGAGAAUUGGUUAAGUGAAGACAAGUAUUUAUUAAUGGAGUUGGUCAGGGAGAGGGUGGCUGUGAUUGAAAACAAAAACACGGACACUAACACUAAUUCCAAAAAGCAGGCAGCGUGGGCAGAUUUGUUAAAUAGUUUUAACAGUAUGUGUAAGGGGAGCAAACGUAUCCUUCCACAGCUAAAAUCACAAUGGGGCAUCAUUAAGAUGCACGAAAAACGAUUAAAAUCAUUAGAGCGGAAGCAAAUCAUUGCUACAGGUGGCGGCCCACCGCCACAGUUGGACCCUCUAAAGAGUGAAGACAUCAGUGCAUGGCUUCCCAAUGAAUUUGUGAUCGACACAAAUGAAUUUGAUUCUGAUCAAAUCAAUCAGGUCAAGGUUGGAGGGCUGUCACCAGAUGAAAUCAUCUUAGAGGUACAUCAGGAGGAUGGAAUUACAGAAGAGGUCCUACCUCAUACUACUCCUCCUACUAAUCAUGAGAUGAGCAAAAUAAAUCAAGAAAAUGAGAACAAGACAUCUGCUGCUGCAAAUGCCAUCGCAAGCGUGGAAAUCGAUUGCAGGAGGGAGCUCCACAGAGCUCAAAUGGAUAAUGAGAAAAGGAUAGCUCGAAAUUUAGAUUUAGAAGAAAUUUUGAUUAAAAAAAAAAUUGAAUAUUAUGAAAAAAAUAAAUAAAAUGCUUUAAAAUAACA